AUGCAGGAGUCUCACAUAUACCAAGACUACGAUGAAUGGGCCCAUCUUCCAUACCCCCGAGAGCUGAAGCCCAGAGAUCCUGCGUCGCUGCUGAGGACAGAUCCAAUUAAGGCUCCUCAGCCAGCGGUAGUCAAAGAUUUUGACAGGGAUUAUUAUCGAAUGCCCCCUCCUCCUCCUCCUCCUCCUCCUCCUCCUCCUCCUCCUCCUCCUCUUGGUCGUUACAUGUCCUCAUCUGCCAGCGCCCCACAAGAAGAUUUGUCAAUAGACAAGGCAAGAAUAGCAUCAAAAGAGAAGGCGAGGCCACAAUCGCCCGAUUGGCUACUCCAAUCUAGAGAUAAAGACAAUGACAUCAUGAUACAAUUUGACUUAGACGCAGGCUUGGAUAUAAGUCAGGAUCUUGAGUACUUGACCUACUGA